UUUCGUCCAAUGACAAGUUGUAGGGGUAUACUGAUAGCUGGUGUAACAAAUCGUGCCCGUACGUUGAUGGCAGAGGGUUUUUUGCGUUCUAUGACGGGCGGGCAAGUUUUUAUUGCCAGUGGUGGACUGUUCCCCUAUGGCUUGGUCCACCCGCUAGCGGUAAAAGCUAUGGCUGAAGUGGGUAUCGACAUCUCUACGUUAAUCUCUUCCUCGCUUGAGUUUGCGCGACGAAAAAGCCGUACGUAUGACGUGUACAUCAGCGUUGACGCGUCGUAUGCAAACCGCAGGGCCGAUCGCCACCAACGCAGCCACAAGGUUGCCGAGUUUGAAGAUGACGAUGGCAGGGAACUCUACGGGGAUCCGAUGCUUGCGAUGGCGAUGCCAUCGCACUGGGCAGUCGCGCGGGAUGCUGCGGAUGCACGUCAGCGGUGGAACAUUUGGAGCCCACGCGACCCUACCAUUUUUUACGAGAACUCAACACGUAAAUUUCAAGACCACCUGUAUGAAGGCGAGCCCCUCUUCAUGCGAUUGGAGAUUAGUGCGAUGCGGGCGGACGUGAAGGUCUCGGAGCGCUGGGAGGUCGGCGAGGUGUCGGAGCCGUUCGCGAUGGAGCGGGAGGAUCAGCAGCUGAAACGGUUCCGGCACGCUCGCGCGCGGCUAGCUACGGAGUCCGUACGGCUGCUCCGGUAUUUGGAGGAAUACUACGGCGAGAGGAUGCUUGUUAGCGAUUCCUGCCUGAAAGCUAGUGAAAUCGUUAGUCGCGGCUUAACUUGA